UGUGGCUUCAGCGUACGAGUAGAAAAUCACCUUUUACUCAUCCCGAGCCAUACUAGAGUGGACAUUCGGUGGCAGGACCCCAGCUUAGCGCCCGGGCGUUCGACCGGCUGGUCCGGGACGCUCCCAGAACCUCAUAUUGGCGAGACAGAAUAGACAACAGGUGGCUGAAUGGAUGAUCCCACAGCCACUCGGAUCCGUGUCGGUCCCUUUGUGAAGAGCCGCCACGAAGGGCACCCCGGCCUCAUGGUGUACACGCCCUUUCGGUCUGUGUGUCACGUUCUCGCCAGAUAAAAUACGGACGCUCCAGGUGCCAUGUCUCCCCGUCCUUGGGUCCCUCUGUGCUCUGCGGUCCACCUAUCUAUCCCGCGCAUCCUCUCUUCCGACGCCGGCCGCCAUGGUCUCCUCUGAGGUUGCAAGUUCGCCAUCACCGCCGCCGCUUGGCACGCUCAUCGACGACGAUUCCCUUGAGCUCGUCGAAGUUCUUGGCUAUGGUGGUUAUGGUGUUGUCUACCGAGCCGUAGACGUGUACUCUACGGAGCCCAUCUCCUAUGCCGUCAAAUGCCUUCCUCACUCGCCGAAACGCAAUGCCUCUCGUCAGCGCCAGUUGCACUUACGCGAGAUCACUCUCCACCAACUCGCCUCUGCGCACCCCAACGUCGUCACCCUCCACCGCGUUAUCGAGGACCCAGAGUACACCUAUAUCGUUAUGGACUAUUGCGAGGACGGCGACCUGUUCUCGCAGAUCCUUCAUCAUCGCCGUUAUCUGGGCAAUAACGAGCUCAUUAAAGACGUAUUCCUGCAGCUGCUUGACGCAGUCGAGUACUGCCAUUCUCUGCAUAUUUAUCAUCGCGAUCUCAAGCCGGAAAACGUGCUCUGUUUUGACGGAGGUCUGCGCCUCGCCAUCACAGACUUUGGGCUCGCCACGACCGACACUGUCAGCACCGAGUUCCGCACGGGUAGCGUGUACCACAUGAGUCCGGAGUGCCAGGGCGGCAUCUUCGCGCCAACGAGGACGUACUCUCCCCUGUUUAACGACAUCUGGUCGCUCGGCAUCAUCCUGCUCAACCUCAUCACCGGUCGGAAUCCGUGGAAGUCGGCGGCAGCCGAUGACUGCACGUUCCAAGCUUACCUUCGCGACCCCCUUCACUUCCUCCCCACUGUGCUCCCUAUCUCAGAGGAGGUCAACAUGCUCCUGGUGCGGACGCUCGAGGUCGACUGGCGCAGGCGCGUCACCCUCCGCGAGAUGCGCAGCGCGAUCAAGGGUAUCGAGAACUUUUACUCUCCGGAUGUCCUUUUCGAGGAUAGCAUGGCGCGGUGUCCCUGGGAGGCCGGAGUCCGCGCGGAGUCCGACAGCGAGUCCUCAGAGGAGGAAGAGAUUGAGCCUGAGCUGCAGACGCGGCCCCACGACGAGGCCCUUGUGUCGUCCUGGACCGACUCCGAUUCCGAGAUGGUCUUCGCGACGCAGUCUGAGACCGAGCGGUCGUCCUGGGCGGACGAGUCCCUCCGCGCACGUCACGACUCGUACAGCCGCUCGAUGUCGCCUUCCCCAGCGUCGCCGCUGUUCGCGAAAGGCAACCUGUUUGACGCACUCGACACCCCGAGCAACCCCUCGACGUACUCCGUCCUGUCGUCGUCGCCAUCGAUACCGUCGCUCCCGAGGACGCCUGGUCCAGAGAGUGCGCAGUGGAACCAGCCCGCCAACAGGCGUCCCGCUCUGCGCUUGAACGUCGACAUGAACGGCAGGCCGACGUACUACGAUGACAGCGUCAUGAUGAUCUCGGCGCGCUCGUCCUCGAUGCACACCGCGCUGGAGGCGCAGAUGGAGGCAUAUGGGAUGUACUCGCCAUACCUCUCCGCCAUCGUCCCCGACAAGACGUCCUACCUCAUGUCGGCGACGCAGGCGAUGGACAUCGAGACGCCUGUCACCGGGUGCGCAGACGUCGACGCGAAGUCAACCUACACCUACCCGACCAUCGAGGCCGAGAACUCCACGUCGGCCUUCAGGGCAGAGUCUCCGACCCUUGGCCUAGGCGACCUCGAGUCCAUAUCUGGCGAGACGACCGCGAUCGACCGCUUCUCCUACACCUGGGAGCACCCCUUCUCCCCGCACAACUCCCCCGACACGACCGGCUCGUAUUCGUUUCUUGACUUCAGCCCGACGCCCACCUCGCCCGCGCCGCGCGACACCCGCGCAUGGUACUCGUCCUUUUCCUUUCGCUCUUCCGACCCUCUGGCCGCGGGGGCCACCCCCCAGGCGUCAUUUCUUGCAGCGCCUACUUCGCCUGCUCCUCUCCCCAUUCGUCCGCCGCUUUCGCCGGCGCACGUCGGCGCGCGCGAGCGCAAGCGCACCGCGUCGACGCUCAGCUUCCUGAGUCCGCUCAAGCUCGCGUUCCCCCGGCGCUCGUCCUCACCCAUCGGGCGGUCGACCGCCGUCGAGCCCCGCGCGUACGGGCGCGCCACGCACUCCGACUCUGCGCCGGCCGCGCUGGGCACGAACUGGGCGUUCUCGCAGUCGACGUCGAGCGGCCCCGCGCCGCAGCCGUACCUCUGCCUUCCGCCUACGGAUUCGUCGCAUGUGCAUAAGGACGAGGCGAGGGUCGCAGAGACGCAGCGCCCGCGGAAAAGACUGAGGUCCGCGCGAGCAUGGUUCUCGCCCGGCAAACUGUUCUCAGCUGUGCUGACAUGACUCUGACUGUGACGACCGCACGACUAUCUCGCUAUCUUUAUUGCUCAAGCAUCCUUCGUAUUCAUACUUCGCACACGGAUAUCUCACAUCGCAUUCCGCAUUCCGCAUCCCCCAUUCGCCAUCCCACCGCAGCACAUUGCAUCCACACCCACCCCUCAUCGAUCAUCAUUGGCACUCAUCAUUGACAUCACAUCGCUAGGUUGCAUUGUAUUUGGACUAACUUUAUCUCGGUUGAGCCGUGUACACUUCUGUAGAACACUUGUUGUACUAUGCACCAUACCUACCAGUAUGCCAUAUGCCAUAUGCGAACGACGCUCUUUCGUUAGUGACGACGAACAUAUCA